UACUAUCAUCAGACAGACUAUAAUGAAGAAUAUUCCUGUUACCGCGGUAUAAAUAGAGAGUUUAAGCACACGCGACGAUAAGGAUACCGAUAACAAUAGAACCUACCGUCAUCGUUUCCAUUAUGGUUGUGGUAAAACUAAAUUAAGCACAAACAACGGUAGGGAGCGGCGACCUGACGCAAUAGAAGGAUUUCGUGAGAAUGACACACUUCCUUGUUUACGACACGAGAUAUGUUUUAAAAGCCUCGAAAAAUCCCCUUCUAGAGUUAAAUAAAAUAUGGCUGAAAACAAUAUUAACGACGCUCUGGCAAUCGCUCAUAACUUAAAUGUAAUCGAUGACGAAGAACUGGCUCUUUUAGAAUUUGAGAAUAGGCCGAAGCCUUAUCUGGAGAUUCCAUAUUGGCAGUACAAAAAAUUUGACCUUGAUGAAAUGACAAAUGACGAGUGUAAAGGCGAGUUCAGAUUUGAGAAAAGAGACAUUUUUAAUUUACAAGAAAUUUUUCAUUUCCCAGAAGAGAUAGUAACAUACAACAGAAUUAGAGUCGACACUACGGAAGCUAUCUGCAUAUUAUUGAAACGUUUUGCCUAUCCAUGUAGAUAUAUGGACAUGAUCCCAAGAUUUGCUAGGCCAGUACCUGAAAUUUGCGUGAUUUUUAAUACUUUGAUGCGAAUGUUUUAUGAGCAGUGGGGUUUUUUAUUGAAUUCUUUCGAGAGAGAAACACUAUCGCCAGUGAAUCUUCAAAGAUACGCAGAUGCAGUGCACGAAAAAGGAGCACCUUUAAGAAACUGCUGGGGAUUCAUUGAUGGAACUGUCAGACCAAUCUCCAGACCUGGCAUUAACCAGAGAGUCCUUUAUAAUGGACAUAAAAGAAUCCAUGCAAUAAAAUUCCAAUCUGUCGCUACUCCAGACGGUCUUGUUGCUUUUCUACAUGGUCCAUUUGAAGGAAGAAGGCACGAUAGUGGAAUGCUACGAGAAUCUGGCCUUUUGCAAUUACUCGAGCAGCAUUCUGUUUCUCCAAAUGGUGAUAUUAUGUGCAUUUAUGGAGACCCUGCAUACCCCCUUAGGCCACAUCUUCAAGCCCCAUUCAGAAAUGCAGAUCUGAGAGAAAGGCAGCACCUGUGGAAUCAACGGAUGAGUGCAGUCAGAGUCAGCGUGGAAUGGUUGUUUGGGGACAUAAUAAACUAUUUUAAGUUUUUAGACUUUACGGUAGUACUACGUCAGAAUUUUUUCAGCUUGAACCACCAAAUAUUGUAAAUUAUUUUCAGCAUCCAUGAAUCAAAUAAAAACAAUUGCAAUAAAAAAGUUACUUCUAACAGAGUUUGUACUCUCUUAUAAUCUCUUUGCUUUUGAGGGUGCUCACGAUUGACAUAUACACUUACCAGGGGGGGGGGGGCACCAAAGAGUUGAUGUGAUUUUUGAGGAGAGUAGAGGGGUAUCACAAAGUUGACAACAAUCUUCGCAUUACUAUUAUUAUAUUUGUGACUAUUUCUUAUGAAUGUGAUUCAAAUGCACCUAUUAAAUAAAAGUGAAAAUUUAAAACCCUUUUGCCUAUGACAACAAUAAAGGAACAUUGAUUUGCAAGGAGAACAAUGUAAUAAGAGAUUUGUAGAUUCACUUAUCAGUAUGUAAAAGUAGAUAAACAGAUAACUAUAGACAAAAGUUGGAGCAAGAGAAAAUUUUAUAAUAUGAUUCUUACAUAUGACUAUAUAUGAAAAUGCGGGUGAAAAUAAAAAAAUUAAUUCUAAAAUUAUUGUGUAGCAUUAAAAUGCUGCAUCAGUGUCAUAAUUAAACUGUUCUGAUGCUGCAACUGUACGUUAAUUUGCGCCAACAUCUCAUUUUGCCUUUCCAACUGAUUUUCGAUGGCUGUCAGACGCUUCUCCUCCCUUUCUCGCUGCCAGGACCUCUCUUUCUCCGCAUCCUCUCUCUUCUUCUCUUUCUCCUCCAAUGUACGCUCGUUCAACUCAAACUCCUUUUUUUUCCAUUCAAUAUCAAUUUUUAUUUUUUCGUUCAAAAACUGGAAUGUGUCACUUCCAGUUCUCCUCGCCCUUUUCUCCUUUCCCUUUCCAGCGUCACUUGAUUUUCUCUUUGCUGACUCUCCCAUACUCUCCAUCGACAGUCUUCGCAUCUCCAACCCUUUCUCGGCAUCUAAAGCCACCUUAUUAGCUUUCUCUUUUGCUGAAUUUGCUUCCUCUAAAUUGGCUGUCUCAAAAAGUUCAAUAAGCUCAUCCAAAAGUUUUUCAAUAUCAGUAAUAUCAGGUGAUAUACUGCUGGCCCUUUCUUCCUCUCUAUUUUUUGAUUUCCUCUUCUCGAAGAGAAAUUGAAACCGCUCUCUAGUGGACCUCUGGUUUGUUCCAAACACAGGACAUUCUAUUAAGUUUAAUGUAUCUGCAAUUUUCUUCCAUUUAUCCCCUCUCUCUGCACUGCCAGCCCUCGUCAACCAAAUUUCCGAAUUUAAUACUUCUCGUAGUAAAAGCUCAUCAUGGGCACUUGUCCACUUAAAUCGUUCCCUUAAAAACAAUUUUAAAAACAGGUAAUAAAAUUUUCAGUGUUAACCCUAAAGUUUUCAGGGAAUCUUGUUAAUUACUCUUGAUGUUAAUUUUAACUGUUGGUGCGGUUGGCCUAUUAAACAAUACCCUCAGAAAAAAUACAUGGUGAUUACUGCAGGCAAAGCUAAAAGAAUUACUUUAGCAAAAAAACAUUAAUCAGGCAAGUUCUUGACUUUCACUACUGAAAUCAGUAGCAUUUCAGUAAAAUCCUGUAGCUUCAAACUACGGACAUGGAUCUUACAACAUUCAACAAAUUUGCAGGCCUGUUUUCAUCAUGAAAAAAAACUACAAAUUGUUUAAAACAGUAAGAAACUCACAACUUACCCAUUAGAUUUUUUGUUUGAUGAUGAGGAAGCCAUUUCCAGUUAAAAAUCCGCAAAAAAUGCAAAGCAAUUCAACAUACAACCCUAUCGUUGUCAGAGAACGAUAGAUCUGAUUUCUAACGAUGAGUGAAAACGAUAACGGAAGGGGAAUCUCCUAUGACACGUGCGCACUAACAAGAUUAGGCUGCCUAUGGUUAUCGUUAUGGUUAUCGUCGCCUGUGCUUAAACUGCCUAAUAUACAAAAGGUGUGAUAAAGUUAGACAAAAGAAAUUUUAUUUAAUACAGGUUAAUUAGUUAGGUGGAGUUCUAUUGUUCAUGAGAUAAAACUUGUUUUCGUGUCGGCAUUUGGAGAUUAAUUCGGAUCGUUUGUUUAGAAGGGUGUUGUUAUUUGCUUUGAUGAUGUAUAGUUUUUUUGUUAAGCAUAGGUCACACCUUUUUGUAAUGUUGUUGUAUGGUUUGGCUGAGGUGAUGAUGGUCCAUUGUAUGUCAUAAUCCUUGUUUUUGUCUUUAAGUUCCCAGAUGUAUUUUGAUAGUUCGGUACUGUUGGCGUAUUUUCGGUUGCGGAAUGAGAGUUUGUGUUGUGUAAAUCGUUGUUUGAAGGUUCCUUCUGUUAGGCCAAUGUAGUUUUUGCUGACAGUGUCUGAUGACAGUGACAUGAAUAAUAGAACUCCACCUAACUAAUUAACCUGUAUUAAAUAAAAUUUCUUUUGUCUAACUUUAUCACACCUUUUGUAUAUUUAUACCGCGGUAACAGGAAUAUUCUUCAUUAUAGUCUGUCUGAUGAGUGCGUAAGCACGAAACUCGGAGUAACGGAGAACAUGUCUCAUUUCUAGUAUAUAUUCUAUUUUAUUAUAUCUAUUGCUCUGUGCUUUUGCACAUCGAGCACUGUCACGUCAGAAUAGACAACGCAAUCUGGAAUAUAUAUAUACAUAUAUAUAUAUACAUAUACGCAAAUACAGAAUUUAUGUAUAUGUAUAUAUAUAAGUACUAAUAUGAAGAAAAGAAAAAGCAAAGAAAAAGGAGGGGGAGGGGGGGGGGUUAUUGAAGAUACGUAAACUGUUUAUUAAGUCCAGAAGGAUAUAAAGUUACAAGUUUAAAAAUUAUCCGUUUUUCCAGUGACUUUCUCUUUGCACUGUCCGUUUGGGCAAACAAGAGGCCAAGAACUACCAUGUUAUCUUCUGUGUGAUUCGCCAGGUGAAAAUGUUUGGAAAUGUUGCUAUCAGGAUCACUGUCAUGUUUGUUGUUGAGGUGGAUUUUGUUCCUGACAUUACGUAAAUGCUCACCAAACCUGUUGUCAAUCUGGCUUGAUGUUUCACCAAUAUACAGAACAUUACAUUUGGUGCAAGAGAUGCAGUAUGUGACAUAUGAGGAAGACCAGGUAAAGCUUGAUUUAACAGUAAAUGACUUGUAACCAUUAGAAAGGUGGUAGAUGGGUUGAUGUGGUUGCAGGUUUGACAGAGGUGGUGGUGGCAUAGUAAGGUACCAGGAGAUUCAGGUGAAAAAGGUUGCUGCGUACAAGGUAGUCUUUGAUGUUUUUAUCCUUUUUGUAGGUCAACAGAGUUGCAGCUUUGAAUAUUUUCUUUGUAAUUGAGUCGUUGUGUAGAAUGGAGAGGUUUUUGUAUAUAAUUUAUUUAAUUUGUUUGUUGAGUGGGUGGUAGGUGAAAGCAAAAGCUAUAGGGUUAUCAGAAUUUGUUAUGUCGACCAGUUUAAGGGCCUCAUCCUGAGUGAUGUUGUUGACUUUAGCGAUAGCAGACAUAGUUAUCUUUUCAGGAUAAUGAUUGUGAUGGAAAAAGGAUGUCAUUUUUUGAAAAUCAUCGUUGCUGGAGAAGAUGCAGCAAAGACGACGUAGCUGAGAGUAUGGAAUGGAAUUUCUGCAUUUUUGAGGAUGGGAACUCACAGAGACAAAACAGGAAACUCAAAGAGACAACGCAGAAUGGCUAACAGAGUUGAGAAAUAACAAGGUAGAAUGUCAGCAAGAAAAAUUUGAAAUUACAGUAGAGAUGGUUACACAACAAUGCAAAAAGCUCCCUAAUUGGAAAGCACCAGGACCUGAUGGGGUCCAAGGAUUCUGGCUCAAGAAUAUGCAUAGUCUACAUAACCGGAUAGCAACUCAGAUGAACGAUAUCAUUAACAAUAACAUAAGUAUACCUGAGUGGAUGACGAAAGGUAGAACUGUACUAUGCCAGAAAGACCCAGCAAAGGGUAACGAAGUAGGAAACUCGAGACUGGGAUUGUGUCGAAGAAGAUAUACAGUUACUUUGAAGCAAACAAUAUUCUACCUAACGAACAAAAGGGAUGUAGAAAAAAAAGCAAAGGAACAAAAGAUCAGCUUUUGAUUGAUAAAACGAUCCUAAGGGAUUGCAAAAAGAAGCAUAAGAACCUUGCUAUGGCUUUGAUCAAUUGCAUAAAGGCCUACAACAUGGUGCCGCAUUCCUGGAUAUUAGAAAGUAUGAAGCUGAUAAACAUCUUGGAAAGUGUUAUUAAGUUCAUCCAAGGGUCCAUGUCAAAGUGGAAGCCAGAGUUGACAGCUUGAGGUGAGUCUAUAGGGGAGGUUUAUAUAAAGAGAGGAUUUACCAAGGAGAUAGCUUGUCACCACUGUUGUUUUUUAUUUGUAUGGUGCCAUUAUCUGAUGUAUUGAGAAAAAUGACACAAGGAUAUACCCUAGGGUCUGUAAAAACAAACCACUUAUUGUUUAUGAAUGACCUGAAGUUGUACUGCAAGAUCGAAAAAGAAAUUAACAGUAUGGUCUCAACAGUCUACUCAGUAAGUAAGGAUAUUGGAAUGGAAUUCGGUUUUCAAAAGUGCGGAGUGUUAAUAAUGAAAAGGGGAAACCUGUAAAAUCCCAGGGGAUAAAGCUAAGUGACGAAGUUGUGGUUAAUGUAGGAGAAGAUGGAUAUAAAGCUUAAAGAGACUGUUGAGUCUCUAAUAGUCAUGCGUACUUCUUUUCCUUUUUACACUACCUCUCACAUGCAUUGCCACUGACAGCCUAAUUGCUGGCCCUAGGUCAGCUUUAGGUCCUCAUUCAGUCUAGCUGUACUAAUGAGCCCUGAAAUGGGGUGAAACCGGUCUACAGCCGACUGUUUGAGGUGUCAGUGGCUUUCUUUACUUCACACAUGGAUAUAAAUACCUUGGUAUUUUUGAAUGGGAUAAGAAUCAGGAAAGGAAUUAUGGCACUCUUGUAUUUCCAAGGCUAAUCUUAAUAUUCAACCGUAGGGCCACUCUUGUCUUUUCAAGGCUUAUCUUAAUAUUCAACCAUAGGGCCACUGGCAAGCCCGCGUAGCGGGCUUCAUAGGGGAGCUAGUCUUCUGUUAAUUGUAAGGUGCAUAUUUUCAAUUUGAUACAUUACAUUUGUCAUGUAGAGGCAGGGUUGAAAGUUGCCUAAAAACAUUUUGGAAGCCCCGAUCCAUUUGUGGUCCUCGUUUAACUACUUUCACGUGUUACCCUCUUAAUUUCUCCUGUUUAUUCUAAUUGCAAUGUUUCUAAGUUUCCAUCUUUGUUUAUCUAUUGAUGAAUCGUUGAAAUACUUUGCAGGCUUAUCUAAAAGCUCUGCUAAUUAUUCUGAAUUCUACUUUAAAGCUUGACAACAACAUGCUUCUGCCAGCCCCCACCAAUUAUUAAUCCUCGUUGACACAAUUUCAUUCCUAAAAGUUCUCCUAUUUAGUCAGAAUCAAAUUUUAAGGUUCUUCAACAAAUUUAAAAAUUUUUUAGUUGUACACUCGUAGCCCUUGUCGACUUAAGGGGCUUUUUUAAAUAUUUUCUAAUGUCAUUCUUAGAGCUGUAAUGUUCAUUUUAAUGCACUUCGUUCAAUCUUUGUUCACUUGUGAUGCUGUUUUAAGACAUAAUUGCGGGCCACCCUCAAAGCUCCCUGUUUAUUCUGAAUCAAAUAUUAAAAUUUUCCAACACAAUAUUCCUGUUAGCCGUUAUUUUCAUGGUGCUCGUUUAGAUAAAUAUCAUCUGAAAAUUUCUUAAGAAAAAAAAUUCCUAAAAAAGUAUGUUGAUUCAUAAAAAUGUUUAAUGAUUUAUGAUCUAAACUCCAAAGAAUUAAAAUAAUUACAAACUUUUUUCAUUUGAGGGCCUGGUAUCAUAUCUUCGUCACAAUUAGCUUUGAAAACACUGCAGCAACAAAGCACUUAAGAAAUUGAAAGAUAGAAAACAGCAAAAGUUUCGUGCAUCAGAAAGGGUUCUUAAAUCUUCAUAAAUUUAGUCAUUUUCUCCACAGUCAUGGUUGUUUCUUGUUUCUUUGUUCGAUUAAACGCCAGCAUCAAUGUCAUAAAUUUCCUUUCGAAGGUCCGAGAAUCACGUCUGUGUCAUAAUUAUUGCUUGAAACACUCUUUGGUCUAGAUGAAGAACAAAAAAAUAAUGAAGAUAUUAUUCCAUGGUUAAUGAAAUCGAUGGUCAUAAUGCUUUGUAAAAAUUUCAGAAAAAACGUUCGACCCGAGAGCUUAGCCACCCUUUUAACGACAGGUUUUUAGUGUAAUUUCAUCAAAUUAAGCAUAAAAUCGUUUGAAAUUGUUCUUGUUAAGCAAACAAUACGGCAAAUCCAUUUUCCUUUAAGGACAAAACUACAAAGAGGUAAAAAUUUAAGAGAAACAUGUUUGUGACGGGUCUAGCGACUCCUUUUAGCAACCGGUUUUUAGUAUAAUUUCACCCAAAUAAGCAAAAAGUCAUUUGAAAUGAUUUCUAGAAUGAUUCACUUACAAUUGCGAAAAUGCUCUCAAAUCUAUAAAUAAUUUUAACUUGAGAGACAGGCAAAUCCUAUUUGUCUCUGUGGGAAAAUCUUCUAACUCAUACGCUCCGCGAGCAUUAUUCAAUUAGUUCGCUUUGAUUACCAGUGUCUAUUGUUCAAAAUUCAGUCUCGCAUUCCAGUGAAAUGGCUUCUGCCUCUAAAUAUUUUACCUGUUGUUUCAAAAUGACUUAUAGCUCGGAUUCUGCUCAAAAUUAAAAAAAAAGAAUUAUAGAAAAGUUUUAGGUUAGAGGAUGCUCUUUUAGGUUAUUCAGCUUUGAUUAACAUAAGCCCUAACAAUUUGCUGCGAUUUCCAGUCAAAGUCUGAGACCAAGAAAGACGAGCAGAAAAAAAAUCAAACGCAGUUUUCUUAACAUAAAUAUAUGGAACGAUACAAAGAAAAAGCAUAUUUCAAUAAUUAGCAGAUUAAUAAGAAAUAACGAGCACAUAGAAAACAACUUACACACACAUUAAACUACAUGAAAGUCAUGAAAACAGUCAUUAUUAAGAACGCAAAGGAACGUGUAUUUCCCUUCCUCCAUGUUGCUGCAGCCUGUGCAUACGAAGCAGGAGUACCCAUCCUUCUUGUUUUUUGUGCAGUUUUUGCAUCUGGCUCGCUUUUCAACCUUUUUAGGCAGAUGCUUUUCAGCCCCCAAGUCUGAAUUGACUUGUCUACCGCGUUUUCGACCACUUCUGUUGCUGCCAAGGAGCUGCAUGGCUAAUUUUUUCCUGAAUUCGAGGAGUGUCAUGGUCUUCUCUUUCCCUCUCCGUGCAAACCGCUUAUGGUUCGGCGAAUCCUUCAUCAAUACGAAGGCAUUGGAAAUAGAUAGGUCCACCAAAAACCAAAGGAUAUAGGUCCACCAACGCCAAGAUUUUCUGGCACAGCAAUAAGCCGUCCACAUUUGGUCUGCUCUAUCCACUACAGCCAUGUUUUCGUUGUAGCUCCGAACAGGUGGUGGGCAUGAGAUUUUCUUGUAACUCCCAUCCUUUUGCAUUCUUUUAACGGAUGUUUCUGCCAAAUUCGGAUUACGGUUAGAAGGAAGCAGCCUGAGAGGCUUUCUCCCCUUUUUUUCCUGCCAUACUUUCGCAGUUAUGCCAUUCUUUUGCAAUGUUUUCGAUUCGCCUGGUUGCAACUUUAGGCCCAACUUCUUCCCUCUUAUUAAACGCAUCUCUUUCAACAGUGACUUGGCAUUACUUUUGACAGUGCCGCAUCCAUAAAUCCCAUUUUUUAGGAGGUUUUCAUGAAGGGCGACACAAUUGAAAUAGUUAUCGAAGUAAAGAUGGUGGUAUCUGCCACAAAUGUUUGUUGUCAAACCUUCAACAACCUUUCUUCCAAGUUCUUUCUCUCGGCCAUGAUUUCCUCCUGGCUUCCCAACGUAAACUUCAAACUCACAAACAUACCCGUUCUUGCUGUCUGCCCGCUCCCAAACCUUGGUACCAUAUUAAGUUGGCUUGGCUGGCAAGUACUGCCUAAAUGACAAUGUGCCACAAAACUUUAUCAUCGCUUCGUCUACAGCAUUUUCUCUGUUAGGACUGUAAUUCCCCAAACACUGUUUGUUGACAACUUCCAAAAGUGGCCUAAUCAAGUGGAGCUUGUCUCUGUUCGGAUCUUGCCGAUUAUAGCCAGUGCGAUCUUGUACAUGGAUAUACUGGGAUAGUUUUUCGAAUCUAUCCCUCGUCAUGAUCUCAGCAAUGGCAAAAUCACCAUAAAAUUUGUCCUGACUCCAGUACAUUUUGAAAUUCUGGCAGGUCAACCAAUGACAUGAAAAUUCUUAGGCCAACAAAGCAGCGCAUUUCAUCAGGUGUUGUUGGGGACCAGUGCUCGUCUACCUUGUGUUGCUCCACCUGCAACUGUAAGGCAUACAAAUUUUUUUGCUCUGCCAAAAUGCAGUAAAUCUCUUCAGGGAAAAUUUUCUCAAAAAAGUUUAUUUCUUUGGCUUCACCAGCAAGAGUGAAUGUUGCUCCGACAUCCUCUGUUCAUACAAAUUCUGGGAUGUAAACAUCGCAAAGCUUUUGUGUCCAUCCUUCGGCUACAUCGUCAUCGUCAGACAAUUCUUGGCUUCCCCGAAGCUGAAAAACUCGUUGAUAGAAAGGUCACUUUCCUCUGUGUUCUCCUUAAAUUUUCCAAAUUUAUUUCUUCCGACAAAAACCCAAAAAAUUCACUUUCUUUGUCGCUACUUGAAUCAAAAUAAUUGCAUGCAGCCAUUUUGCAUCGAAAGUUAAACAAACUAAACCUCUGAACUUUCAACUUUUGUUUUCUCCAGAUUUCUGACCGUGACCUACCCAAUCAUUUACCACCAUUUGAAUCUACAUUGUUCAAACUACAACAUGGUAUUGUCUGAAUAACCAGACUGCUUUUAGAGAGAAAAAUUCUUGGGAGAAAAAUGACUGCUUUUAGCCAAUCAGAGCUCAUGUUGCUGCAUGGCAACAGUCGGGAAACGGAGCGCAAAUAAAUUUGUUGCCAUGCUGCAACAUUCGGGAUACAAAGUAUGAAAAGAAAUGUUGUCGCACGGCAACAAUCGGAGUGUAUGAGUUUUAAUCAAAAAAUUACUGACUUGUUGUACCAAAAAGUCAGCAAAUCCCAUCGUUCAUCUACAAAAAAAGAAGGCGGUUAGGGAAAGUUGCUGCAAAGGAUUCUCGUUAGGCAUAACAAGUUGGGGGCUGGCUUUACAUAAUUCGCAUUACAACGGGCUUCCUACAAAAAUCAAAUUUUCUUGCAUCAAGAAUAAACAGCAGUUGAUUGCAAUAAAACCGAUCUAGUUUCCUUUUAUCCCAAAAGCACAAGAACAGGUAAAAAAUUUUCGUUCGCGGCGGGGGUCUAGCGGGCGGUUUUUAGUGUUUCACCGAAAUGAGCACAAAAUCAUUUGAAAUAAGGAAUAUCUAAAACACAUAAGAACAACAACCCUUACCUGUAUUCGCAUGCCAUCGAUUCUGAUGCCAGUGAAGAAGGGGAACAGCCUACAUCCUACAAAAUGCCAAUAAACUCUCCAGAUUUCCAAUAAGUCAUGGUUCAAAAAUAAAAAAAUCUGAAAAAAUCCAUAUUCAAAAACUUACUGGAAAAAGACAAUGAAAGAAGAAAUAGAUGUUAAAAAUAAGGAAGUUCUUCUUACUUACAAACCCAGAUUGGAAGGUAUUCUGACGUUUUAUGCUCUGAGGAGUGUCAGACGAAAAAGCUUUUAGUUUGUCGUAAAAUGUUUGCUUUUUUCAAAGCCAUUUUCAAAUUCUGUACCGCAAAAAAACUGUUCACUUCUUCUUAAUUUUAGAAAUCUUGUAAACAAACAUUGUCCUAAGAAAAAGCAGGAUAAGCGGGCUUUAGAGCUAAAAAAACAAAACUUGGAUUAAUUUUCGAACUCAAAGAGUGAUAAAAAUCAAAGAUUAAUUUUGCUUGGCACUAUAUCAGAACUGUUUACUCUUAGUAUCAUCAGUAAUCUGUGAAUUUUUUGUGCUUUUAUUACUAACCUGAACAAUUCCAUGUUAUUUUGGUUGUCAACAGCUGGACUAACAUCUCAGGAACAUCACUUUACAAAUAUCUACCUUUUUAAAUUGACUUUUGUCUGAUCCAUGAGUAAAGAAACCGUGAUGUGAUCCGUCUUUUACAGGUGUUACAGGUGGCCAGUCAAGAAAAAUGGAUACCUAUUUGCAAGGCAUGUUGGAAAAGUUCUGUUAAAAAUCCAUAGCGCUCUUCCACAGGACCAUUUAAUUUCAUUGAACUUUAGGUGCUGGUCUCUUCACAUCUUGUCAUCAUGCAGUCCUAGCAUUCACUGGCAGCUUCACGCCAUCAUUAUGAAAGCAGGCACAUGUAUUAUUAGCGUUUUGAAUGAGCUCCAAUGAAUUUGUAAAUUGGAUUAAAAAAGAAGACCAUUAUUCGAUUGUCAUUGCUAGGGCAGGGUGCCUUUCUUGAAAAAUACAAUAUGUUACAAAAGAUUACAAUGGCUACGAUAGGGGUCCUUUCUUUCUCAAUACCAAAUUUAGAGAUUGACAAAGGUUGUGGAACCAGAGCCCAUUUUUGCUUUAGGACUUGUUGCCAUUUAUUCGAGGAGGUAAAGGGAAAAGUGAUGUUAUGUUUCUGGAACCCUCUCUAGGAAAAUUUUGACAGGGUUCCAGAACCCUUGGAAGCCAGUCUGAAUCCGCCACUGUGUAUAAAGCAACUAAAUCCUACUGCACAUAAAGACUGCAAUUUUGUUAUCUUGGGAUAUAUUUCACCUGAUUUAUUAAUAACAAUUUUCUAAGAAAGACUCUUGAAUAUCACAGGUUGGGGUAUUUUCAGUUUCUCAGUUAUGGCCACCAGUGCUAGUGAAUGUUACAUGUCCCUAGGACUAGUAUGCAAAUUCAACAUAGACCAUCCUAAUAUCGAAGCAACUAAGCAUCUGAACAGAAGUCAAUUGCAUUUAAACAAUCUUGGUGACACUAUCAUAACAAAUAAUUAACUUAGUUCUCUCCAUUUUUGACUCAGUACUGAUAAUAAUAACGGGGAUGUCCGCUUGACUCCUUCGCAGGGGGUUCAAACGGUGGCUCCUGCGGCUGGUUCCCCCGGUGCUACCGGACUUGGUAGCAGGAAAGGUAUGGUGGUGGCAUCCUUGAACGUAAAUAGCCUAAUGCUAAAUAUCAACAAGAUCCGUUUAUUGAUUAAAGAGCUUGGCAUACACAUACUUGCCAUAAAUGAAACAAAGAUUGAUAAAAAUGUGCAUGAUGAUCUUGUCAGCAUAGAUGGCUACGCGAUCAAGAGAUGUGAUCGUAACGGUGGCGGAGUUGCAGUUUACAUAAAAGAUACCCUCUUUGAUAAAUGCACUGUCCGCAAUGAUCUUCCUGAAUCCACGCUUGAGGCUUUGUGUAUUGAAGUAAAACCAGUUAGGUCUGCACCUUUCGUUGUUUUGGCUUGGUAUCGCCCUCCGAAUGAGGCAGUUGAAAAUUUUCGUCUUUUGGAGGAAAGCCUUCAAUUCCUUGAUAAAGAAGGUAAGGAAACUAUUCUUUUAGGAGAUACAAACUGUGAUUUGCUUCCAAAGUCCUCUGAUCAUGAUUGUCUGAAUACUGACCUUUUACCGCAUUCAAAACACUUGACAGAGAUAUACGAACGUUUUGGCGUUCAUCAAUUAAUUAAAACAGCAACGAGAGAAACACUGAUCUCCUCUACUUUGAUUGACCAUAUUGCCACUACUAACAAGUCAAACAUAGUAGUAUCUGGCGUACAUCAAACUAGUAUCAGUGAUCAUUAUCUACUCUACAGUGUUCGAAAAUUUCGGGGUGGGGUAAAAAACAGCACAAAAAUAUCAGUACCAGGUAAAUGAAAAACUUUAGCAAAGCUGAAUUUCUUGACGAUUUGCAAAAAAUAGAUUGGAAAGACAUACUGAUGAUGUUAACAUCAUAGUGAAACAAUGGACAUCUAUGUUUUCCCUUGUACUUGAGAAACAUGCUCCCUUACGCAGUAGGGGAGUUUCAGAAAGAUUCUGUCCAUGGAUAACCAAAGAGUUCAAACUUAUAUGUGCAUCAAGGGACAAACUGAGAAAAAGCAAGCUAUUAAAUCUAAAUCUGAAGUUUUAUUUGAUGCGUAUAAACAAAUGAGAAAUAAAGUAAAUAAGGUCAAUAUCGAUACGAAGCGCGAUUAUUUCUCGAACAAAAUUGAUUCUAAUGAAGGUGACAUUAAAAGUACGUGGAAAACUAUUAAUUUGGUAAUAAACAAAAAGUCAAAGACCACGCAGAUUACAACUCUGGAUGUUGAUGGGGAAAAAAUUUUCAAUCAUGAAGCUAUCGCAGAACAUAUGAACACCUAUUUUUGUAACGUCGGUGAAGACCUUAGUAAGAAAAUUCCUGCCACACAAAACCCUUUUUGAGGGUAAAUAUUCGGUAAAUCCAGAAGGAGCACGGUUUCACUUUCAACCUGUAAAUUCACACCAGGUCGCAAGUGUCUUGGGGAAAUUCAAAACAUCUAUGGGUUUUGGCACUGACUGCAUAGCAAAUCAUUUUUUGAAGAUCGGUCUCCCAGUUAUUUCAGGCUUCCUCUCCUCUGUGAUAUAUUUAAUCUGUCUAUUGCCACAGGAGUUUUUCCAGAUUCUUGGGUAAAUUGCUAGAGUUGCUCCUAUUUUCAAAAGUGGUCAAACUGAUGAUCGUUUUAAUUACAGACCUAUAUCUGUUCUUCCUGUUCUUUCGAGAAUUUUUGAAAAAAUGAUCUUCAACCAACUCUAUAAGUACUUGGAUACAGACAAACACUUGUUUUCUAAACAAUCCGGUUUUAGACGCCUGUACUCUGUUGUAACAAGCCUCCUGUCCUGCACUAACGAUUGGUAUAAGAAUAUGGAUACUGGGAAAUACACUGCAUUGGUGUUCAUAGUCCUAAAGAAAGCGUUUGAUACUGUUGAUCAUGAUAUCCUGCUAAAAAAGAUGCAGGAAUAUGGAAUUUCUGGUAUCGAGCAUGCAUGGUUUACAUCAUAUCUCCAAGACAGACGACAGUUAUGCAAAGUCAAUGGUGUUUCGUCACGAAUAGAAGAAAUACACUGUGGUGUACCACAAGGAUCUUGUCUUGGGCCUCUUCUUUUUAUACUUUAUAUCAAUGACCUUCCGUAUUGUCUGGACAACUGCCAGGUGACUAUGUAUGCUGAUGAUACCAGUAUCUCCUUUUUUGCAAGGAACGUCAGAGAUCUGAACGUGACGCUUAACAAAGAACUUGAUUCUUUAAGGGAAUGGCUCAAAGACAAUAAGUUAUCAUUGAAUGUCCUGAAGACACAGGCGAUGGUCAUUGGAUCUCUGCGUAACCUGAAGAAGAUUUCGACAAAAUCAGUGGAACCACCAUUAUUUUCUAUUGGUGGCUCUGAAGUUGAAAUGGUUGAUAAGGUCAAGUAUUUAGGGAUGCAAAUUGAUAAACAUUUAGCUUGGGAUGAACAUAUCCAUUUUGUAUGAUCGAAGGUUUCUCAGGCUAUUGGAUUUCUUAAAAAUGGCAAGAUGUUACUUCCAAUAGACACUCUCUCUAAAAUGUAUCGUGGUAUCGUUGAACCGCAUCUCCGCUACUGCUGCUCAGUCUGGGGGGCAUGUGGGGGGACAGGGUUGCAGGUGCUGCAAAAACUUCAAAACUGCGCAGCUAGAAUUGUGACCAACAGCAGUUAUGAUUCUUCUGCUAGUGCUUUGAUUAAAGUUUGAAUUGGCCUACUGUAGCAGAUUUGUUAAAAACCGAGACAGCUUGCAUGGUUUACAAAUCGAUAAAUGACCUUGCUCCUGAUUACCUGUCAGAAAAAUGUUCAUUAAAAAUUCGACAUGCAGUAGGAAAAAUUUGAGAAACACCACAACUGAUCUUCAAGUCCCACUAAUGAGAACAAGUAAUGGUCAGUGAGCUUUUUUAUAUCGUGGUGUUGGAGUUUGGAACCUCUUGGGUUGUGAAGUCAAGCAGGCAUCCUCAUUGAAAGCAUUUAAAGAAGCUUUAAAAAAUAGUUCAUUUAUUUAUUUAAUCAUUUGUUCAUUAUUGUAAUUAAAUUGGGGUUUUACUUCGUAUUUAUUUUUAACUUAAUUUGUAAUGUUUUAUGCACAGCCCCUUGAAAAGCAAUCUAUCGAUUGACGGGGUUACCGUGCUUAAAGAAAUUAAAAUGAAAUGAAUGAAAUGAAACACCAGGUGGAUGUUUCUGGCAUGUCAAGCAAAAAGUUUUGGCUGCAAAAUUCCCUACAGAGGGGACCCAAAAAUCAGCCGCUUACUCGCUGCUACAAAUGAUUUGUCAUAACAUGUUAUGAUGGAUCGUGCAAGGAAUGAUUUCUAUGGGCUACUUGUCACUGUACAGCAAAAUGUCCCAAAAGCAAAGUUUGAAUGGCAAAUCCCUUACAUUAUUUGGCAAAAAUCUGUCUUUGAAUUUUUAUUUUAUAUUUCCAAAAAUAUGAAAAGUGUCAUUAUCGUUCCUUCAUUAUUGUGAAAAUCGUCAGGCAAUAUAUAUUUGUCAAUACUGUGUUCUUUAGGGGAGCAACCUUUUUCAUAUUCUUAGCGGCUGUUUGAGGAUUGUAAAACUGUACAGUUUAUAGCAUUCUUUUAUCAAAAGCAGAUUAAUGUUGUAUCUAUAUUGCUACGGCUUGACAAAAAGUUGUGGAGAAAUGGGAAUUUGUGGAGCAGAAUUUUUAAAUUGUCAUUUGUGGUCAUGGAAAAAUGGUGUCAAUAUAAGCGAAGACAAAGGACGGUCACUGUUGGUAACACUUUUAAUGCAGCAGUUGUUCAUCCCGGUGUUUAUGUGGAAUGUUGCCAGGAGUGCCCAAAUUGGCUUUGGCGGAAACUUCAGCACCAUCAUCCACAAGGUAAACUGGUCUUCUUUUCCAUUGGUAUUUUUUGAAUGUUUUUUACUUUAGCCCAGAGAGGAGGGACAAAAAAAGACAAAAAAACAGAAAAUCAAAUAAUAUUUACAAACCUGCUAUUUUUAAAUGUGGAUAUAUUUGUAAAAGUAUACAUUUUUCUCAAAAAAUAACUUUUUGAAUGCAAGCUACAGUUUUUGAAGAAUGUUUUUGAAGAAGUAAGUGCAAGGAGAGAGGAUCAAGUGUAGUAGUCGGUCUAAAACAGUUAAUCAAAAGAAGUACAAGGGAAACUCUUACAACUGCCACUCUGAUUGAUCAUAUUGCUACAACUAAUAAAGCUUUUAAGUAGAAUCUGGUGUUUAUGAGACAACUAUAAGUGAUCACUAUUUGGUCUACUACGUUAAAAGAUUUAGAGAUACUGCUAAAAAACAGCACAAAAACAUUUCCUCUCAGCAAAUGAAAAAUUUCAACGAAGAAAACUUUCUUAGUGAUCUUCAAAAAAUUGCCUUGAAAAGCAUUGUUUCAAAUACCGAUGAUAUGAGCCGCAUCAUUGAGCAAUGGACAAAUAUGUUCUCAUUGAUUCUUGAAAAACAUGCUCCUUUACGCUGCAGCAGGGUUUCAGAAAAGUUUUGCCCCUGGUUGAUGAAGGAUUUCAAAUGUUUGUCUGCUACAAGAGACAGGUUAAAAUUGGCAGUUGUACGCUCAAAGUCCAAAAUUUUCAUGGAUGCUUAUAAACAAACGAGAAAUAGGAUUAAACAAAAUUUAAAGCGCUACUAUUUUACAAAUAAGAUUGCCCUUUCCCAAGGUGAUCUUAAAAACACUUGGAAAACCAUCAACAUGGUUCUCGAUAAGAAAUAAAAAAGGACUCAAAUUCAGUCACUUGAUGUUGAUGGUAAGCAUGUUACCGAUAAUAAUGCUGUUGCUCAGACAAUUAAUGAUUUCUUUUGGCAAAUCUCUUAGUGACAAAAUUCCACAGAAAGCCAACCCCCUUGUUGAAGAUAAGCUGGAAAUGAACCCUGAAAAUUUACAGUUUAAAUUACAAGCCUCUGAUGUUCCUCAGAUAAAAAAGGUUUUUGGUAAAUUCAAAACGUCCAAGUGUUUCGGUCCUGGUGGCAUUGCUAACCACUUACUAAAGAUCGCAUUCUCUGUCAUUGCAGAAUCUCUCUGUGACAUUUUCAACCUCUCAAUUGCCAUUGGAGUUUUUCCUGAAAAUUGGAAAACUGCAAGGGCAGCAGGUACUCUUAAAAUCCAUUUGUCCAAGAUAUGUUAUCAGAUACUUUUCGGACAAGUCUACAGUUUUAAGCAUAUGUUCAAUACCUGAUAAUAAUUCCACACGCUGAUACACUGGCAUCAUAUCUUUUGUAAAUGAUUUGUAACUCUAGCGUAGAGGCAGGUGCAACACAUUCAUUAGGCUAGCAGGUGCUGAGGCACCCCUUUAAUUUUUUCAAAGAUAUGCUGCAAAACUUUCGAAAAAUUAUGAGAAUGAAGUCAUGUAUUUCGUCAGAUUUCUAAAGAUUUCAAGAUCGAUUUUAAUCGAAAAGAAUCUCCUUCCCUAGGCCAGAGAAGUUGCUUUCUUUGUAAAAUCUUGGAAGAUAGUGUCUCGCUAGCUGAAAAAUCAUCAUUUGAUACCUAAAUUUGAGGGCAAUACAUCAUUUGGUAACUACAAAUUUUGUCAGCCAUGUGGCCGUUUCAAAUAAAGUCAAUUGGACUGAAAAUUCUCUUCAUGCCAAUGCCAAUUAUGAAUAAAAAACUUUGAUUUUCAACAUGGGGCAUGUUCUGACAUUCUAAAUAGGGAGCCAUCCCCUGAUCCCCUGUUUAUUUUCCUGUGACAAUGCUUGCAACAAACUGAUUCUCAGCUAAAGCAAAGUUUUUCCGAGCCCGUUUCACAAGCCCUAAAGUUUUGUGACUUUAGCAUCUAUUGGCGCCCUUUUGGCUGCUUUUCCCAGUGGGUCAAAUGGUUGCCAGUCCGCCACUGAUUUUGACAGUGUUUGACUGUGGACAUAAAUGAGAGUAACCAAAACAAACCAAUGUCUACCAGAAAAUAUUCUAAAUUGAUAGAGAGUAAUAGGUAUGGAAAGAAACUGCAUAUUAGCCAGUGAGAAGAUAUAAAAAAGAAUAAGAAGUUUUGCUCUAAUAACCAGGCUAAAACUGUUGGUAUUAUCUAAGGUGAAGCUAUAUCUUUUUAUUGUAAAUGAGUGUUAGGCACACCUUGCUUUCCAGGGAAUGGUUCUCUGGCAUCAUCACAAAGAACAAAGAGCAAUGAAUCGCACUUCUCAGAUAACAUAGAGUUCGAAAUAAUUUUAUCUGAGAAUGACAAUGCUGAGGUAGGCCAUCAACCCUACACAAAGGAGCUGAUCAAAACUCUCUCAAAGUCAAAAUAUGGUUCAAAUAAGGUCCCGAAGCACUCUCCAAGAAAUGAAAAAUAUGAAAUAUGGACACAAUAUGGCAGUUAAUCCAAGGAUAAUGCUCCUGGACUAUAGGGAGCCAAUUAUAGGUUUGUGGCUUCACGACCUGGACCAAAUUUUCACGCACGGCCUUCGGAUUUUGAUAUGAUUUUUCUACGGAUUGCGGCUUCAGCAAAAGUUGCAUCUUUCGGUGUAUAUUCGCGACAGUUUACAGCUUUUAUGAUGCGGUUGCGUUUUCUGGCUGCAAUAAUGGCUUGCGGCCAGGCCCUUUACUUCAUAUUGAAGGGUGUUGAAAAGAGCUCUAGGGGUAACGUUUAAAAUGGACAAGCCACUGUCAGUUAGGACAAAAGAGAGAGAGGAAAUCUAAACAAUAGUUUUGAUUUGUGUUCAUAUCAUGGAGGAUAAUAGACCAAAUUAGGUCAAAUCACAACGUCUAGAAUAUGAUAGUGAUUCACCAAAAAGUGAAGCCAGCAAUUGUUCGAGCGAAGAAGAGGAUAGUGGUACAAUGACGGGUCGAGUAGCGAGAGAGGCUUUGUUCCUCCUUGGCUCAAAGUCGCAGUUUGGUCGUGCAGUUAGGUUCAAUGGUUGAUUUAUUCAGUAGACCUAAAUUGUUAGUUUUAGUUCUGUUUUUCGAACUUUGACCCAUUCAUUACUAAAAGUCUAGCGUCUUUAAAUGUUUCAGGGUAUGUGAAAAAUACUUGGGUACAGUGGCGUACCCAAGGUGGGAAUAGGGGGGACUUCUAGACCCCCCACUAUUCUAAAAUAUAAUCCUCCAGAUUUGUCCAAAAAUGAUGUAAAACUCAUUUGGGGGGUGUAGUUUACUGUAUGCUUGUGUCAAUAACAAUUGUAAAGUACUUUGCUAAUUACUGUAGUUAACAUGAAUCAAUUAAUGGCGGAAAAUUUUGCAAAAAGGGCGUUUCCCCGCAUUCGCGAGUGUUUGAAGGGCGUGAUGAAAAAAAAUUCGGGGGACUUCGCCCCAGACCCCUCACUACUCCGGCCCUGGGUACGCCACUGCUUGGGUACAGACAAAUACGAAAAAUGUUAAACGCUUUUCAUGAAAAUAUGCAGUCAAUAGAUUUUUAAAAAUUUUUGGAUUGACACAAUUGCUUGCUGUGAAACAGAAUGAGAAGCAUGAGAAACAGCGAUUUCUAGCAAUGUAUCCUUUUUCUUAUUAGCAAGUAAUUGGCUUUUUGUGUUUCUGGACGUUUUGCAAGGCGGCUGUGUCUUUGCGAUUUCUUUCAUUGCGGAUUUUGGCUGAUUUUUGCUUGGUUUGGCGGCUUCAGGACCCCCUUUAAUAGGCCCCACUAUAGUAUCGAAAUCAUUUUUUGGGCAAUUUAAGACAUGAAACAAUUGAAACAGGGCAUUUAGAGCUGGAUGAUGCAUGUGUUCAUGGCAGUGCUUGUCAAUCUGAAUUAAAGGUUGAAAGCUGAAGAGUACAAAAAGGCAAUUUCAAAUAUACAGAUCCAUGCGGAGCCUGCUAUUAAUCGCAUGAAAAAUUUAGUCUUUUGAAGGGUACAUUGCCCCUCACCCUUCUUCAAUAUGCUAAUGAUAUUGUAAGGAGUUGUGCAGCAAUUUGCAACAUACAACCAGGUGCAGCAAUUUGUAACUCUUAUCAGGCCAAGACAUCGAAAUUUUUUAUUCAUUUACCAAUAAUAAUUGUUUAAGUUUCCUGCUAGAAAAAGUCUUCCUCCUUAUCAUCAAGCUCUGGAUAACUACCUAAUAGCUGCCCUCCCGUUUGUUUUAUCAAAUUUUGAAGAAGAAAACAGUCAACUGGUUGAAACUUCUUUACAAUGUUUAUGUGUAGGAGCACCUUGAUGAAGCAGCAUAUUUUUAAUUUUAGACCUUUUUUAUCUAGUUGAUUCUCAUCCUAAAGAAGACCAUGUUUUAGGAGUUGAUUUUUGAGAACUUCGAGCCUAGGAAAUUCUUAUUUCAGUCAAUUAUUUAUCUAAAUUUUAAGCUGUCCUUAGUCACAGUCACAGGCUUUAAUUUUUUUAAAUUUUUGAUUAGCCCAUAAUUUUUCAACUUGAGCAUUGUUCCCAACCAUUGUAGGUAGAAUCUUGUAUUUCUGAUGAGUGUUUACUUUUUCAACAUAUGAAGUCAAAGUAGAUUUGGGAAAAAUUAUUUCUUCACUAUUCUUGUAACAUUUUUCACUGAGUGAAGUAUUUGUGAUUUGUUCUCAAACUAAGAAUGUUGGACCCAGAAUCAGUUGCUAAAUAUGGCAGUUUUGCAUCAGGAUCGGUAGGGGAAGUAUGAGCUGUGGCAUUUGUUUUCAAGACAUGACGUCCCACAACAGUCGCAGUAUACAAUCCUGUCAGGACUAACACCAAUAAAUGGUAGUUCUUUGGAAAGGAACAAACGACAUUCCUUUAGUGCUGCACUUUUAUGUUCCCUGGUAAAAUUCUCAAAAAACUUUGCUGUGGUAUCCUCUUUCGUAGCAAGGCCAUACUUUAGUCCUUGCAGACUGACAAUUACCAGCUUUUCUCCUGAAAAUUAUGCGAAAAUCUAACUAAAGUCUGCUGCUCCUUUACUUAUAUGGGUUAACAUCCCUGUCUUGAAAGCAUGGGUUUUUGAUGCAGUAAUCAGGUGUCUCCUCGCUGAAAACCAAAAGUCAUUACAACUUUGGCCUCUAGUUGUCUUAUCGACUUCAGAAAUUUUGUCUGUUAAACAGAAUAAGCUGCCAAUGAAUUCCUCUGCAGUGGAUGCCGACUGAAAUAAAUCAGAAGGGUUUAAUAAGUUAACUGGUCCCUUAUCUUCGGUAUUCAUGAUUAUUUAUUUCUGCUCAGCUGUGAAAAUGAUGGAUUAAUUUUCAUUGCAAACAGACCUGAAGGCUGAUACAAUGUCAGUUAGGUUUAAUUAUCCCUGAAUAUUGAUAGUGGGAUUGUAUCUCUCUUUUAGUGAUGACUUCAACCUUUUUUUAGAUUUACCUUUUCAAAGGUUGCACAUCUCUGUCAUUCACAAGGCCUUGAAGUGCAUGAAGGGUUUAACAAGCCCAUCCUUACUGCUGCCUCAAUCCUAAAAAGUGCAGCACCAUCGUGGUUCCAUGUUUGGGAAAUCCCUGCCAUGCAUGAACAAUGAGCAGCCAUAAUGUGCCAAGUUGUUUUCAUUAAACCAUAGUCAUAAGAGAGAGAUAGUCUGGAAGCGAACAAUGGGCUAUUGUUUUCUGCAAUUGUACGCGCCUUGAGGUUGAACCAGCAACAUCAACAACUAGAAGGUCACAAUUCGGCUGAUUAUGGCUGCUAACAAACACGAAUCUCUACCUGUUGAGGAACUUGAUGAUAGUUUGUACCUGAUUAACGAAGGAUUUCUGGAAGAUGAGGAUUUGAAUAGUCAGAUUGAAGAUAUUGCCAUAGAAGUUACCAGAGAUUUUGAAUGGUUUCGAAUGCAACGUCUGUGGGAAGGCCUGCAAGGCAUGCCGUGGACUAUCAAGGCACUCAAAUUCGAAACAUUGUCAUGUUACUUCUUCCUCUGACGCACCCGUAUCUUCCUUGUCCAGUGCUGCACAAACAUCUUCUUCUUCUAACUAUUCUGCCGAUGAAAUAAGUCGUCAAAAGCUUCAUCCACUACAGCUUAAAGCCAUUGUAUUGAAAUGCGCUAAAAAGAUCUCUUCAGAUAAAUGCCUUCCCUCGAGUUUGCGAGAGCAAUUUUCUAAGGGAUUAUUUAUGUUCACAAAUGACCUGUUGAAUUUGGUCGAAAUUGAGAAAAGUUAUAGAUAGUUUUAAGGGCGAUGCUGAAAAAUUUUUUUCUGGUCUUUUUUCGUUAUUGGUUUUCAAUGUUCUUACAUCAAAAGUUGAGGAAUCUUUCGUUACAAAUAUGUUGAUGUCAGAAGUAGCAAAUCUUUUAUUGAGUCAUCUAUCUGGUGUUGAAAAUUUGGAUGGUACAAAGGAGCCUGAGUCUUUGUCAGCAAAGGAGGAGAAAAGUUUGCAAUAUCUGGCUGGUUUUAUUUUACAUAAACUUUAUUCAAAAUUGUUUAAUUCUACUAAAGGCAGAGACAUAUAUCAACAAAUUCUUUCUCUUCUACAAGCUUGCAAAGUUGAAAUUGAUGAAUCUCAAACUAUUAUUAAUGCUCUUGACAAAGAUGGUUUAUA